UGACAACCUACACAGGAGGCACAAAACUAAAGGCAUCUUUUAUAACAACAACAGCAAAAACUGCCUGGAUCAGCAAGAGCAAAAACCAAAAUUAACAUCGGUAACUUUACUGCUUUACCACGAGAUGCAAACAGCUGCAGGACGCAAAGGGUCUGAAAGAGUCGUUGCACAGUUUAUUUUGGUAAGAAGCAUAUUCUGAAAGUGAAGUUCCUUCCCACGUAACUUCCCCUCAUAACGUCCUCGUCACAAGAUAGAUGAUGCGGGGAAACACAUGUCUGCUGCCUUCACUUCUUCUUUCCUCCAGACAAGUUUAACACAGAUAAGAACUUGGUUAUUUAAGAGGCCUAGAAAAGUUGACAUCAACGAACUUGUUGAUUUAUGUUGAAUAGCCAAUGAGCAAUGACUUCAUGGAGAAUUGCUGUGAUAAUCUUUACUGUGCGUAUUCAACAAGUGUGGGGUGGAAAUGAAAUAACUGGUUCUGCUGGCCAAUCAGUUGUCUUAAAAUCUGGUGCAGACACAUCAUGGAACCUCACCAAAGUUGAAUGGUCCAUCUUUAAAAAUACAACAUAUAUAGCAACUCUGAGAGAUGGCAUUUUGACAGUAGACAGGUUUUGGAGAUACAAGGGGCGCCUUGAGCUCAACCAAAAAACAGGAGAUUUAACUAUUAAAAAUUUGAGAAUAGAUGACAGCAUGAUAUACACUGUGACCCUGGUAUACACAAGUGAAACUCGGGAAGAGAAAAAAUUAAAUCUAACAGUCAAAGGAUACACAGACAUCACCAAGCCUAUUCUUUGGAUGGAAUUCAGUGGCAACAGAAAUAUGACCCUAAAUUGCAUUGCCUCCAGUGGUCAACAGACGGAGUCCGAGCAAAUAACAGUGGGAUGUGUAGAGGAGAUCAUUAUGCCAGAACCUCGCCGUUCAUGCAGUUGUGCUUCCAUGGUUUUUUGGGGGAUUUUGUGUACAGCUGUUGUGAUUAUUCUCUGUGGUUUACUAUAUGCUAAAAAAGAUAAGUUCAAAGCUGCCUGGGUUGAUGGUCCUCUCCAUGUCUUUCAGUGUCUGUUCAAAUGUUAAAACCCAUACUGCAAAAAAUAUGUUUUAUUAUGUUUAUGUUUAAUUAUUAAAAUAUAUAUAUUUUAAAUAUAUUUUAAAAUAUACAACAACUGUUUUGGAAUACGUUUAAAAAAAUACACAUUUGUUUGUGUGUUUUCAAAUAUAUUUAAAAAAUAAAUAUAUUUUAAAUCAAAGAAAUAUAUUACCGUCCACUGAAAGAAAAAAGUUCUGUUCAUGUUACAAACCUGUAAACAUGACAUGUUUAAAAAGGAUAAAAUUAACUACUAAUUUUCAACUUCAAAAAUAUAUUUUAUAAAUUAGAUUUAGCAUAUAAUAAUUAGUAUUUAGCAUAUAUUUGAAACAUAUUUUUGACAAGAGAAAUUAUUAUUUUUGGCACGCUUCAUGCCAAACAUAACAUUCUGAUAGACAUGACGCAUUUACUUCCCGCGCUGUUUACAGACAUCUCUCCACACGCAGCUUGAAGUCGAACGCACAUAAAUUGAUCUCUUUACCAGAGUUAAUUAAAACAGUUUACUAUCUAUUUGCCACUCAGAAAGUUUAACCUAAAAUAACAUCAUAUUUGUCCAAAAUCAUUAACAUUUCACAUAGGCUGCUAGCGCAUAUUUUGGAUCUAUAAUUAGAGUCGGACACCGCUCGUGCUAUUGAAUGUCCACUUCCUGGGAGCUGUCCUACAUGCGGCGCAGCGCUUCUCGCCUGGUGUGCGACCUCCUAGACAUUACUAUUGUUAUAGACGCAGGUUUCGACUCUUUUCACCUACAGUUCAGUUUGUACUCAUCUAAACAAUGUUGUUUGGUCAAGAGCAACUACAGGAUUGUCAGCGUUUGCCCCAGAAGUAAAAACAACAAAAAUAUGUAUCAUGGACAUAGUCAUAACCCGUCACUGUUUACAGCACAACACCGACCUCACAGCAUGGCAGUUUAAAGGUGACUUCCACUUUCUGACAGUUUACUGCUAUUUUGGUACCGAUCUGUGAAUGAUAUCUUACUGUUAAAAGACGUAACCACAUUUACAUGCACCCUCAUAAUAGGAUUUUGGUAAUAUUGUGAAAUACUUUAUGUAAGUAAAUUAAAACGAUGGACAGUAUAUGUGAGUUCAUCAUUUAUGCUCUGCAUAGGGCUACAUGUAAAUAAUAAGCACAAUUACAGUAUUAGCGAAUAAUCAGAAAAUGUAAACUGCAUGUGAACUUUCUUACUUAAAGGGAUAGUUCACCCAAAAAUGAAAAUCCUUUUAACAUUUAAAAAUGUUCUAUUUGUGGGGGCCAUUGUUGAUUCUGUGGUGGGCCACCAAAAAUAAAUCUAUGUAUGGGAAACACUGAUUUUAACAACAAGCAAAAAUAAAUUAUUUCUUGAGUUAAGUGUUUAAGAAAAAAGUAAACUUAUUUCAAGAUUUUUUAAUCUCAUUGGUAGAUUUAUUUGCUUGAUUUAAGACCAAAUGUACUUAAAUUUGAUACUUUUUUUGGCUAAAAACUAGACUUCUUUUCUUAAUUUAAGAUUUUUUAUAUUUGUACUAAAAAUAUCAAAAACGUUAUGUUACUACCUUUGAUUUAUGCAGCAAAUUUACUUUCAAUGUUAUAUUAAAUGAUGGAAAAGUGACUCCUCCAACAAAGCACCGACGAUUUAUUGAGAGAAGAUAACCAUCUUAAUUGUUCCGGAGAACAAUCAGUUAUUUCGCCAUUGUUCUUCUUCUGGCGAGUGAUGUUCAUCAAAAUACAGGACCUAAUUUUAAUACAGACAAUGCACUGCCUUUUGGAGUUGACCGACUACAAGGUACUUUCAAACUCUGUGCAAACAAUGAGAAAAAGGAUUUUCCUCUGUUUAAAACAGCAAAUCAUGAGAAACUUUUAUGGGAUUUGCGCUCAAAGCCCAAAGGAUUACUUAUGGGACAUUUAAACAUCAGAAGCAUUGCCUCAAAAAUUGAACAACUGGAACAGCUACUUACGAUCUCAAACUUUGAUUUGCUUUGCUUGUCAGAAACGUGGCUAACAGAAACAUCACCAAACACUGCAUAUUUGGUCCUGGGAUAUAAAGUCUUCAGAAAGGAUCGAAAAUUUUGAAAAGGUGGUGGACUGCUUAUGUACGUAAAGGAUGCAUUAAAUGUAAGGAAACUGAAUUCAGUACUUUAGUGGAUAUAUAAUAUAUUCCUGUAACAAUUGUUUUAUCUCCAUGUAUGACAUUAACUGUAGUGGCCAUUUAUAGACCUCCUUCAUCAAAUAGUAUUUUCAAAUGAUCAUCUGAGAAAUCUUUUAAAGGGGUUUGUUCGAAAUAAAGAGUACAUUUUGUUUGGAGACUUUAAUAUAAACUGGAAUGACGUGUCAAAUAGGAAAAAGCUUCAGGAGAUGGUAAGUCAUCUUGACCUAGUACAGUUAAUUAGGGGCCCUACUAGCAUUACUUCAUCAUCUGAAACUAUUAAUUAAUUUAAUAUUUAGCAAUAAACCAGAAAAAAUAACUAAAACAAAUUUAUUAACAGGACUAUCAGAUCAUAAUCUUAUAUUAGUAGUAAAAAAAUGGACAGAACAGAUUUUUAUAUCAACAGGAAAAGGAAAAUGUGUUAAAUAUUAUACCAAAAAGACUUAAAAACAAAUUUGAAGAGGAAUUUAAAGUGACACUUUGUAGUUUUUCAACGUUCAUAAUAUAUUUUCAAGACCCUUGUGAUGCACUGUAAAAAAUGUCUGUAGAAAUUACAGUAUUAAUGGGUAUUACUGGCAACUAGCUGCCAGUAACUUACUGUAGAUUUUACAUUUAUGUUAUUUACUGGCAACAUUUUGUUCAAAGUUAAAUGAACACGAAACAUUUUUUUGACUUUAUCUUCUACAGUAAGUUACUG